GGAAGUCGAUACGUGGCCGCCGCCUGUCCCCGCCGAGGAGGCGCAGCAGGCGGAGAUGGCGGCGGUGCUGAACGCAGAGCGACUCGAGGUCUCAGUCGACGGCCUCACACUAAGCCCGGACUCGGAGGAGCGGCCCGGCGCCGAGGGCGCCCCGCUGCUGCCGCCGCCGCUGCCGCCGCCCUCGCCUCCCGGGUCCGGCCGGGGCCCGGACGCCGCAGGGGAACAGCCGGAGCCCGGGGAGGCGGCGGCUGGGGGUGCGGCGGAGGAGGCGCGGCGGCUGGAGCAGCGCUGGGGCUUCGGCCUGGAGGAGCUGUACGGCCUGGCGCUGCGCUUCUUCAAAGAAAAAGAUGGCAAAGCAUUUCAUCCAACUUAUGAAGAAAAACUGAAGCUUGUGGCACUGCAUAAGCAGGUUCUUAUGGGCCCAUAUAAUCCAGACACUUGUCCUGAGGUUGGAUUCUUUGAUGUGUUGGGGAAUGACAGGAGGAGAGAAUGGGCAGCCCUGGGAAACACGUCUAAAGAGGAUGCCAUGGUAGAGUUUGUCAAGCUCCUGAAUAGGUGUUGCCAUCUCUUUUCAACGUAUGUUGCAUCCCACAAAAUAGAGAAGGAAGAGCAAGAAAAAAAAAGGAAGGAGGAGGAGGAGCGAAGGCGGCGUGAAGAGGAAGAAAGAGAACGUCUGCAAAAGGAGGAAGAGAAACGUAGGAGAGAAGAAGAAGAAAGGCUUAGACGGGAGGAAGAAGAGAGGAGGCGAAUAGAAGAAGAGAGGCUUCGGCUGGAGCAGCAAAAGCAGCAGAUAAUGGCAGCUUUAAACUCGCAGACUGCCGUGCAGUUCCAGCAGUAUGCAGCCCAACAGUAUCCAGGGAACUACGAACAGCAGCAAAUUCUCAUCCGCCAGUUGCAGGAGCAACACUAUCAGCAGUAUAUGCAGCAGUUGUAUCAAGUCCAGCUUGCACAGCAACAGGCAGCACUACAGAAACAACAGGAAGUAGCAGUACCUGGGGCUUCUUUGCCUACAUCAGCAAAAGUGAAUGCAGCUACACCAAGUGAUAUGAUGUCAGUUAAUGGACAGGCCAAAACCCACACUGACAACUCUGAAAAAGAGCUUGAACCAGAAGCUGCAGAAGAAGCCCUGGAGAAUGGACCAAAAGAAUCUCUUCCAGUAAUAGCAGCUCCGUCCAUGUGGACACGACCCCAGAUCAAAGACUUUAAAGAGAAGAUUCGGCAGGAUGCGGAUUCCGUGAUUACAGUGGGCCGAGGAGAAGUGGUCACUGUUCGAGUACCUACCCAUGAAGAAGGAUCGUAUCUGUUUUGGGAAUUUGCUACAGACAAUUAUGACAUUGGGUUUGGGGUGUAUUUUGAAUGGACAGACUCUCCGAACACUGCUGUCAGCGUGCAUGUCAGUGAAUCCAGCGAUGACGACGAGGAGGAGGAAGAAAACAUCACUUCUGAAGAGAAAGCCAAAAAGAAUGCCAACAAGCCUCUGCUGGAUGAGAUUGUGCCUGUGUACCGACGGGACUGUCAUGAAGAGGUGUAUGCCGGCAGCCACCAAUAUCCAGGGAGAGGAGUCUACCUCCUCAAGUUUGACAACUCCUACUCUUUGUGGAGGUCAAAAUCAGUCUACUACAGAGUCUAUUAUACUAGAUAAAGAUGUUACAGACUCUGGAGUCUAGGAUUGGGCAGAAGAUGGCAUUUAAUUUGGAAAUUUCUUUUGACUUUUGUGGAGCAUUGCAGUCUGUGUUUACCCUGUUGAUUUCAGCCUGAUGGUUUGUGACUCUUGUUGGGAAUCAGGAUUUCCUUGAAACUCUUGAGCAUUAGUACUUUGGUUAAAGGGACUCCUCAGACUCAUCCAGCCCUUCGGUGCUGACCAGCAGAGUCACGAGUGGAUGCUGACGUUACAUGAGUUACAUGUUAAAUCUUUAGUCUCCAAAAUAAAACAGCUCAACAUUGACCCCA